AUCGCACUUAACGUUAUCCAAUCAUAGACGAAAAAAAAAAAGGUUUGCUUUUUUGACUUUGUUUGUAUCUUCUUCAAGAAUUCAAUCCUUAUCCGUUCCCUCAAGUUCUAUCUCUAUUUUUCCAGAAGCAAAGAUGAAUAAAGGCAGCAGCUUUAAGCUGGACAACGAUUUCGAAAAGAGGAAGGCUGAAGCUGGAAGGAUCAGGGAGAAGUACCCUGACCGGAUUCCGUGUGUAUGUGAUUCGGAAGAGGAUCAAACUAAGCGCCGAGAAGGCUAUCUUCAUAUUCGUAGACAAUGUUCUUCCUCCUACUGGAGAGCUAAUGUCAAGUGUCUACGAGGAUAAGAAGGACGAAGAUGGCUUCCUUUACAUCACUUACAGUGGCGAGAACACAUUUGGUGCUUCUCCAAUCUAAUAAUCCCUUUACCUGAGAAACGGCCACUUUUUAUUUGCUUUCCAUCUUUUCAAUUUGUAUUUAUAGUUUGCUCAAUCUCUUAUCAUUCCUCAAAACAAUUUGUGAUUUACCAUCUUCUUUUACUUCUUUAAAUGUACAUAGACUAAUCUUUUAAAUAUUCUCUUCUUUGGUAUUA